AUGUCGACGUGGGGUGACUAUUUCCGCGUAACAACAGAAAGCUAUGGCGAGUCCCACUGUCGCUCAGUGGGCUGCAUCGUCGAUGGAUGCCCGCCUGGCAUGGCCCUGACAGAGGACGACAUCCAACCUCAAAUGACUCGGCGACGGCCCGGCCAGAGCGCUCUCACUACCCCUCGCAAUGAGAAAGACAAGGUGGAGAUCCAGUCAGGUACCGAGUGUGGCUUUACCCUCGGCACACCGAUUGCAAUGGUUGUACGAAAUGAAGAUCAACGACCCAAGGAUUACGGCGGUAGCACGAUGGAUCUCUUUCCUCGCCCCAGCCACGCUGAUUACACCUACCUUGAGAAAUAUGGAGUCAAAGCCAGCAGUGGCGGAGGUCGCAGCAGUGCGCGUGAGACUAUUGGCCGAGUUGCUGCCGGUGCCAUUGCAGAGAAAUACCUAAAGCUAGCUCACAAUGUUGAGAUAGUGGCAUUCGUCUCAUCAGUGGGCAAUGAGCACCUCUUCCCUCCUUCGUCCGAACAUCCUUCGUACUCGACGAACCCCGAAUUCCUGAAAAUGAUCGAAACAAUCGACCGCGAAACCGUAGACAAGUUCUCCCCCGUAAGAUGCCCAGAGACAGGCGCAUCCGAGCGCAUGACCAAAGUCAUUGAAAAUUUCCGCGACAAAAAAGACAGCAUUGGAGGCACAGUCAUGUGUGUAAUCAGGAAUGUCCCCGUUGGUCUCGGAGAGCCGAGCUUUGACAAGCUCGAAGCUAAACUAGGCCAUGCCAUGAUGAGCUUACCGGCUACGAAGGGAUUUGAAAUUGGUUCUGGUUUCGGAGGCUGUGAAGUGCCUGGGUCAAUUCACAAUGAUCCUUUCGUUGCAGUGCCCGAGGUACCAGAGAACGUGGCUGGAGCUGGACUUGUCAACAAGCAACGACUAACCACAAGAACCAACAACUCCGGUGGUAUCCAGGGUGGAAUCUCCAACGGAGCAACCAUUUACUUCCGCACUGCUUUCAAGCCUGCGGCGACUAUUGGACACGCUCAAACAACGACAACCUAUAAUUUGGAAGAAGGAAUCCUAGAGGCCAAGGGCCGCCAUGAUCCGUGUGUUGUUCCUCGCGCAGUUCCGAUAGUGGAAGCCAUGUCUGCCCUUGUCAUAAUGGAUGCUUUGUUGGCACAAAAGUCCCGAGAAGCGGCAAGGAAUUUGCUUCCACCAUUGCCAAAAUCUCUUCCCAUAAAACCAGAGACUUCAAAUGGUCAUUAG